ACGAAAGGAAAUGAUCUUAAAUUAAUAUAUAAGAGAAAGAUAAUUACAAAGAAAAAGUAAAAUCAUGACAUGGCUCAAAACUAACAAUAUCAUACAUUAUGUAAAUCCUCGAGUUCUUGGAAUAAAGAUGCAUACGCUCCCAAGAACAAGAACAAGAACAUGUUGAUGAUCCCAUAAAGGGGUACUACACAAAUCAUUUGUCUCCAAAUCGCUGUAACUACAACUACUACUUUUUUUAGCCUACACCCCAAAUGGUAAACAAAUCUUUAUUACCCUCCCUUCCACCAACCAAUUCGUUGGCAUUCAAAAAAACCAAAACCAAUUCCUUUGCACAUAAAUCCCACGCCUCGCCCCAAAUUCAAAUCCAACUUCACUCCCCCAAUCAUGCCUCCUCUUCUCUUCCUCCUCCUUCUCCGAUUCUCUGCUCCUGCAGCGGCGGCGGUGGCUUCGGCUUCUUCGAGUUCCAUCUACGACACAUUUCUUCAGUGCCUCGAAUCCAACUCCAAUCCCUCCGACCAAGUCUACCGCAUAGCCUUCGCCAUCGAUAAUGCUUCGUACACCUCUGUUCUUACGGCUUAUAUCAGAAAUGCCCGUUUCAAUACUUCCUCCGCCCCCAAACCUCUCAUAAUUCUUACGCCAUUCACCCAAUCCCAUGUCCGAUCCGCGGUGCUCUGCUCCAACGAGAUCGGCAUUCAACUCAAAAUCCGAAGUGGGGGUCACGACUACGACGGCCUCUCCUACGUCUCCGAUGUUCCAUUCAUCGUCCUCGACAUGUCGAAUCUCCGGGCUGUCACUGUCGACGCCGCCGACCAAUCGGCCUGGGUGGAGGCCGGAGCCACGCUCGGAGAAGUCUACUACAGAAUUUGGGAGAAGAGUAAGGUUCUUGGGUUCCCGGCUGGGGUUUGUCCCACCGUCGGCGUCGGCGGUUACAUCAGCGGCGGCGGCUACGGGAACAUGCUCCGCAAGUACGGACUCUCCGUCGACCACGUUAUCGACGCGCGGAUUGUCGACGUGAAGGGGAGAAUCCUCGAUGCGGAAUCCAUGGGGGAGGAUCUUUUCUGGGCCAUUCGGGGAGGCGGCGGAGCGAGUUUCGUCGUCAUCCUCGCGUACAGGAUUCGGUUGGUUCCGGUGCCGGAGACCGUCACUGUUUUUCAUGUGGAGAGAACUCUGGAACAGAACGCCGCCGACGUUGUCGUGAGAUGGCAAGAAGUUGCUCCGUCCAUUGAUGAAAAUCUGUUCAUGAGGCUUCUGCUGCAGCCAGUUUCCAGUGAAGUGACGGAGGGGGCGAGAACAAUCAGAGCCACAGUCAAGGCCCUGUUCCUCGGCAAAUCAGAGGACCUCGUCUCCUUGUUGGGAAGAGAAUUCCCCGAAUUGGGCUUGGAGAAAGAGAACUGUACUGAAAUGAGUUGGAUCGAUUCGGUUGUGUGGUGGGCUAAUUUCGAGGUCGGAACUUCACCGGAAGUUCUGCUGGAUCGGAAAAUCGGAUCGGCAAAUUUCCUGAAAAGGAAAUCGGAUUACGUACAGACGCCCAUUUCGAGGGAUGGGUUGGCGUGGGUGUACAAGAAGAUGAUGGAAAUCGGGAAAACGGGGCUGGUUUUCAACCCGUACGGGGGAAAGAUGAGCAAAAUUCCAUCGUCGGCGACGCCGUUUCCUCACAGAGCGGGGAACUUGUUCAAAAUCCAAUACUCGGUGAAUUGGGAGGAGGCGGGGGCGGAGGCGGAGCAGCAGUUCAUGAAACAAAUAAGAAGGCUGUACAGUUUCAUGACGCCAUUUGUGUCGAAGAAUCCAAGGAAGGCGUUCUUGAACUACAGAGAUUUGGACAUCGGCAGCAACAACAAUGGCGAAAACAGGUUGGAAGAAGGGAAGGUUUAUGGGGUGAAGUAUUUUGGGGAGAAUUUCGAGAGAUUGGUGAAGGUGAAGACGGCGGUGGAUCCCCAAAAUUUCUUCUGGAACGAACAGAGCAUUCCAACUCUAUCAAGAGUAUGAAUCUUUCUUUUUUUCCUCUCUUUUCAUUCAUUAAUUCAUUCAUUCAUUUUAAA